AUGUCGUUGGAGGAGAAGUUGGCCAAGAUAAAGUCACCUAAUCUCCAGAGUCAACAACAUACUGCGGUCGUCUUGUCUUCUAUUGAAGAAACCCUCCACGAACAGAAAACGAAAUGUACCGCCACCGCGUAUUUCGCUGCCCUCCUGGCAUUGUUGAAGCAAUGCUCCGCUGCGGACGGAAAUGGUAGCGACAAUGAGGUGGUAGUGUCCACUGUAUACCUGCUCGAUAUUGUCACCUCCCACGUCCCGCAAGCCCUCCUUCGAUCGCAAUUCAGUACUCUCUUAUCCUUCCUCGCGCCCUAUCUAGACUCGUCUGUGACAAAUGCACCUCUCAUACGGUCCGCCAUUGGUUGUCUGGAGUCUUUGUUGAUCGCUCAGGAUUCGGCGGCAUGGAGUCUCCCGCAAAAUCAAACAAGUCCUCGACAGGCAGUCCUGGCUCUUCUGGCGUUGGCGAUUGACUCAAGGCCAAAAAUAAGAAAGCGGGCGCAGGCAGCUUUGACGAAUAUCUUGAAGAACCCUCCGCCAGGCCCUGCGAUCGACCAUCCGGCAGCGGAACUGUGUGCGGUCGCGGCUCAGAACAACCUCAAAAAUGCCAUCGAUGCUGUGACCCGAGCACGACGCCACAAGGGCAGGGGUGAUGAAAGCCUCGAACCCGCCGUCAUCCAUGCACUUCAACUCACCAAGACGCUUGCUAUGGCUUCUGGUGGGUGGCCGAGCAAGAAGAUCGAAUCACUAUGCGAAUUAUUGCUGUCCAUCUCGCGGUCACGGAAUGACUACCUGGUGAUAAGUGCCUUUGAAGUCUUCGAGGUGAUUUUCGAAGGCAUGCAGGAUGAAGUGUCGUCUUCAAAGUUACCACGGCUGCUUGAUGCCAUUGUCGAGCUGAAGCCUGCCCAAAACGAUUCACAGUUGUUGCCGCCUUGGAUUGCCAUUUUAUCAAGGGGUUAUGGCACAUUCGCUGUGGUGGAGCCCGAAGAGACAUUUGCAAAGCUACCGGAGCUUUUCGAUUUAGUAGCGUCCUUCUUGACGAGUCCAUCUCCCAACAUCAGAGUGUCCGCGGCGGAAUGCCUCAAGUCAUUCUUCGCCAAUUGUAUUCCGGAUAGUGUCAUCGCGGAGCCAUCGGUCUAUGAUGAGAAAAUACUCGAACAAAUCGCCGCCAAGGCCCUUGGCCUCCUAUCGAUCAAGUACCAGACGGCAUGGAUGGAGGUCUUCGGCACUCUUUCCGCCUUAUUCGAUGCUCUGAGAUGGCGUGGCGACCCGUUUCUGCUCGGUAUUGUCAAGGCGAUCGGUGAACUACGAAGCAAUGAUGGCUUCCAGGGCAAGAAAGAAGCCGACGAGGUACUCGGUCAUGCCGUCCGCAAUCUAGGCCCUGGCGCGGUCUUGACUGUGCUCCCACAUAAUCUCAUCAAACCCCAGCCAGGCCAACCAGGACGGGCAUGGCUGCUACCACUGUUACGUGAUCACGUAUCUAAUACCAAUCUCGGGCACUUCAAGAGCGAGCUGGUCCCUCUCAGUGAAGCCAUGUAUCAACGCAUUAUCGACCACGGCAACGCCGAGAAGACGAUGGACAUCAAGAUCUACGAGACUGUGGUUCAACAGGUUUGGGCCACUCUGCCUGGUUAUUGUGAUCUUCCGCUGGACUUACCGACUGCCUUUGACCAAGCAUUCGCCGAACUGCUGUCAAAUCUGCUGUACAAGCAGACAGAACUACGUCCAGACGUAUGCCGAGGGCUGCAGAAUCUGGUGGAGUCCAAUCAAGCGCUCCUAGCCUCAGACCUGCCUGAUGAUGUCCUUUUGCUGGAACGAAGACUUUCCCGGUCAGAUGCAGAGAAGAGCCUUCAGCACCUGGCUCAGUUUGCCGCUAACCUUCUGGCUGUGUUGUUCAACGUCUACAGUCAAACGCUCCCACAGACGCGAGCGUACAUACUGCAAUGCAUCAACAGUUAUCUCAGCAUUACGCCGGAGAAGGAUUUGGUUGACACCUUUCAGAGAGUGUCAGCCAUGCUGAACGAUGCUUUGCCGAAGCCAGAUCAGCAACCGCCCAAGAAAGAGCCGAAUCAGGCCUCAGCCAACAAACUCCCACCCACGUCUCACACCUUGCUCGAUCUAGUCAUAGCACUCUCCGUUCACCUUCCCCGAUCAACGUUUGCCGACCUCUUCGCCAUUUCAUCUAACAUCUUGACCAACCCAGCAAUACUCAAGUCCGAUCCGCAGCUCAUUAAGAAAGCCUACAAACUGAUACCCAGGCUAGCCACGUCAAAAACAGGGGCGGAGGCGCUUACAGCUCGGAACGACGAACUGCAACAGCUGAUUCUGCGGACGUCUGAGUCCACUCCCGUUCCUGCGCGGCGUGACCGCAUCGUCGCCAUCGAGACGCUCAUCUCGUUCCUUCCCGUGACAGACCUGCACUUCAUUCCCAGCAUUCUCAGCGAGGUGGUGCUGGCUUGUAAGGAGAGCAAUGAAAAGGCGCGGACUGCAGGUUUCGACCUUCUCAUUGCCGUGACGAACAAGAUCUCCGACCCGUCUAAUCCGCCGGGCACGGUAAUCCGCAAUCGACUGGUCCCUCACAUGCCCGACGACUCGCCCGAUGCUCCCGCCAACCUGGAAGAGGUCUUCACAAUGGUCAGUGCCGGAUUGGCAGGUGUGGCUCCGCACAUGGUUGCUGCCAGCAUCAUAGCUCUCAGCCGCCUGCUGUUUGAAUACCAUAGGCAACUGAGCGAUAAGACAAAAGAGGAGCUCGUCGACACAGUCACAAUGUUCUUGCAAUCAAACAACCGAGAGAUUGUACGCGCCGUACUUGGGUUUGUGAAGGUCAUGGUGGUUGUUCUUCCGAACGAGAUGUUGGAACCGAGGAUGUCGACUAUAGUCCCCGGUCUGAUGGUCUGGAGUAAGGAGAACAAGGGCCGUUUGAGGGCCAAAGUCAAGGGCAUUUUGGAUCGAUGCUUGAGACGGUUUGACGCUGCCAAGGUCGAAAGCUGGGUCGGCGGCGAUGAUCGAAAGAUGGUUGUGAACAUCCGAAAACGACGGGAACGCGCCCGGCGCAAGAAGAAGGGCACUGAUGCGGAUGAAGAUGACGAAGAUGCGGAACAGCAGCCGUCUGGCAGCAAAAAAUAUGACAAUGAGUUUGAUGAGGCUGUCUACGGGUCAGAAGACGACGACUCGGAGAUCGAAGGUGGUGACGGAAGUGACUCUGAUGGAGACGACACCAUGUCCGGCGUUGCGUUCAAGAAGAAUGCGGGUGCGGCUAAGAGGCGCAAUCAGCAAUAUAUCCGCCAGGAGGACGAGGACGACGAGCCUCUCGACCUGCUGGACCCGAGGAGUAUGGCAAGCAUUUCGACCAGAAAGCUUGGGCGAUUGCGGCACGAGCAAGCAUCAGCAGCAGGCAAGAAGACAAAGGCCAAGGUCAAUGAGGACGGCAAGCUCGUUUUCGGCGGACAAGAUGAUGACGAUGACGUGGACGUGGACGUGGACAUGUCUGGCUCCGGCGCCGCUGAACAGGGCCAAGACAGUUCCAUCAACGCGUACCUCGAUGCCGUGUCAGGGGCGGAUGCAGUCCGUCGUGGCCAGAAGGGUCGCCUUAAAGUCAAAUCGGGCAUGCAGAAGAAAGCGAAGCAAGAUGCCCGGCAGCGCGAUAAGGAUGAGAUGGAUCUCGAUGUCGAAGAGGCCAGAGAAGUGGCAAGACAGAUCAUGCAGGGCUCCGGGUCGACCAGUCCUGGUGCCAAGAAGAGAGACCCCAAGAAUCAGCGACGAGGGCUGGGUGUGGAAAAGAACCGGAGUGGCAAUGCAUCGACCAAACAGAGCCGACCCCAGUUCCGCGGUGGAAGUGGCGUCUCGAAACGGGGGAAAGGCCCAAAUGUGCGAUUCGCAUCGAGAAGAGGCGGGAGGCGAUGA